UAUUCCUUUGGCUGGAGCCCUAGUUUGAGCUAUGGCGGUGGAGCUCGGCUCAGACGUGGAGCCCGAGUCUUCCACGUUCUGCAUCAAUGACGAAGAUCACACCUUCGGCAACUCUAUUCGCUACGUUCUCAACGGCGACCCUCGCGUCACAUUUUGUGGCUACAGCGUUCCUCAUCCAUCCGACAACCGUGUAAACGUUCGUGUGCAAACCACAGGUGAAUCUGCAAAGUCCGUCUUUAAGGAUGCUCUGCGAGACCUCGUUCUCAUUUGUGAUCACGUAUGCAGCGCGUUUGACGACUCCGUCGCGAGUUUCAAGCGUAGCCAGCAGCAGCAGUAAAAUCGUUCCUCGAUCGUCGAAGAACGUUUGCGAAGUUUAAGUUGCUGGCUCGAUCGUCAAGAGUUUGCCGUCGUCACCACUUCUUCGCUUUUGCUAUCCUCGUUCUCUGUUACGUCGCCGUCGUCUAUCUCUUCGUCGUGUUGCUCCACGGGUUUUUGUUUCCUGUGCUCGCAACCUUUUGCUUCUUCAUCAAUCGCCAUACUUUCACUCUCGUGUU